CUGCACACACAGCCCACCCCUGCGCACAUCCCUGUGUGUGGGAAGGUGCCUGUCUGCCUGCUGCGCACUCCUGCACACCAACAGUCGACCGGUGGAUGGAUGAACGUACCGCAAAGACCGAUGACUGAUUUGACUAGCCAUCACGCUCCCCCCCACACACAUACACGCACUUGAGAGCUCACGCGACGACGCCGAUCCCAUCGGAGCAGAGAAGUGCUGUCUUCAAAGACUUUUGCACGGGCAGCAUCGAUACCCAUCAAGUCUGGCAGAGCAGCAGACAGAUAGACAGACAGGCACUUAGACAGAACAUACUGCCAGAAUCAGCCACACCACACUACACCCUCUCUUGCUUCUUGUCUCACUAGCAAAGGACGACCAGAUAUGAUAUGUACAUGUGUGUGCAUAAUCGACAGACACGUGGAUGGGAUGGAUCAUACCAAUGGCAUCCAUCCAGUCACUUGAGGCAAACACACACCAGCCACCCUCUACGCCCACCCACUUGAUGUUAUCCAUACCUCUACACGUACGGUGCUCGUGCUUAAACAAAGACGCGCGAGCCUUUACACAUUCACCCAUCCUAUACUAUGUGUGUGCGCCAAGGCACUCACCCACACACGCACCCACACAUGUGUUGUGGUGUGUCUACCAGUAACCGCCGUAGCCACCGCCGUAGCCACGGCCAUACCCACGGCCGUAGCCACCGCCACCAUACUUCUUGUUCUUGUAGCCAUACCACUUCUGCUUGAGCUUGUUCUUGUAGUACUUGAGCUUGUCCCAGAAGUCCGGGCCCAGCCUCCGCUCUGUGGGACUCGAUGACUCCUCCACAGCCUCCAGGCCACUGGGCUCAUCUUCAUCUUCAUCUGCACACACACCACACACACAUACAGUACGUGGCCAAAAUAAUCUAUGACGUGUGUGGUUGCGGGGGAUGUCUGUCUGCACACCCACCUGUCGGUGCCGCCGUCGGCUCAUCAGCCGCGACCUCAUCGUCUGCUGCCGCUGGCUCCGUCACAAGAGCAUCAGACACACCACCUACUUACAAGCACACAGACAGGUACACACGAAAGGCGUACCUGUGGCUGCGAGGCAUCUAUGUCACUUCGUGUGUGCGUAAGUACCAUCGGAUGUCACUUCGUCGGUGUCAUCAGCUUCCCCGCCUCGCAAACGCCGGGCCGCCGCAGACGGAGCAUCGGCAUUUGCAGCCCGCCGCUUCUGAUCAUCAGCGCAGACCAGUGCGAUGCCGAGCAGGCACACCAGCAGGGAAAGGAGCUUCAUCGGUCGUGGAGCGGACGGACGACGGGUGGAAACGCAGACGAGCAGCGGGCAGGUGAAGAGACGACAACAACAACAACAACAACAAGGGGCUGGCUGAAGAGAAUAAUGAGGAGAGAGAGACUCGGAGUCAAAAGCGAUGAGAGUGGAGGGAGUCGAGGGAUGCUGCAGAUGAGAGGACAGAAAGGGGAGAGGAGGAGAGAGGAUCUCUCUCUGUCGUCGCACGGCUAACGCAGAGAGAGGAGGAGAGCGCGGGAAC